ACACUGUCGAACUAAGGUCAGAGGAAAAACGUUUGUUGCAUUAUGUUUGUUAUGUUUACGAGUUGUCCGGCCUCAGGGAAAGAAUAGUCGAGCCGAAUUAUUUCCCGUUUCAGAUCCACCUUCUGUACUAUGCUAUUUGAUAAACAUUCAUAUUUAAUAUUUAAACGACAAAGGAUUCAACUUUAGCAUCCGCUGCCGUGCAGACGAGGAACUGUCUAAUGGGAAAAAAUAACAAAGCGAUAACCAAAUGUUGUCCUUUUUGUGAAUUGCAGGUCGCCGUUGCUUGUAAAUCCUGUCCUGGAUGCCAGCAUUCAUUUUACAAUGCUAAAAAGUUACUGGCCCAAUCAGCUGUCGAAGACCGCGGCUUUGGUAUCAGGAGGCGGACUGAACGUGUAAAACGAGAGAAACCAAAUUAUUAUGAUGCAUCUGAGUUUGAAAAGAAAACCAAAAAGGUAGUAAAGUCGUUUCUGCCAUUAACUUUGAAGAGGAUGGAAAGGAGCUCUCCCGAAUUAGCUCGCGAAGGAGGUAGAGAUCGUAGUGGAGUGGGAAUCGGAACCGGAAGGUAUAGCAGUGGCGAGAGAGACAGUAAGGGAAAUGGAACAGACGAUGGAAGAGACGGGCGUGGAGUAAGUUCCAACACCGACACGUUGAAAAAGAAGACGAAAAAGAAACCGGGAAAGAACGUCAAAGAGAGUGACGAAGAAGACCCUUUCCUGAAUCUAUCCAAAGAAAAACUUGUACAGCUGUCAAUAGUUCUAGCUGAAAUAAAUCGUAAACUCCACUCAACAGGGUGGAGGGCUUCUUAAUCGAAAGGAAAAAAAAAGUUAUAAGUCAGCAUUGAUAACAGUAUAGGAAAAAAAAAUCUAAAGGUACACAUUUUCUUUAUUUCUAGCAAUGCUCAUAUGAUAGUAAGUUUGAACGACUGAUAUGUUCUACCUCACGUUAAUAAGGGUAACCACUACAUGUAUCAAACUGAUGUUUUUUUUUGUUUAAGUUUUAAAGCAAUGCUUUUAUUUAAGCUUAGUAAACUUUUUUAAUGUAUAUAUGAUCAGAUUUCCAUUACAUUUCUGUAAGGUUUGACUAAAAUAACACGUCACCAUAAAGUAAAUGGCUUAAGAGUUUAAUUUGUGUACGAUAUUAUAACUAUAUUUUAAGUUUGAAUAAUAAAAAAAGAUCUCAUUUACAUUUUAAAACGUGAUAUUUUAAGAAAACUGAUAAAACCUAAAAAAAGUAUUUAAAUAAUAAAAUGUGUUUGAUGAAAUUUGUAGCUCAUUUUUUAAUGUUGAGUCAGUAUGUUAAUUUAGACCAUCAGACAAGCCAUUUCAAUUAUGGGGACUUGACCGAGGGACAAGUGUGAAAUGAAAAGUUUUCACGGCAUUCAUAUUUAUAAGCAGUCGUUUUAUCUUAUAUGAGGAAUUAAGCUAUUAAGCAUCACUAUAAGGUAAUAAGCAACUUGUAUAAUAAUUCAAAAUUGAUUUAUACUUCCUAAUCAAAGAUUUUUUUGACUUGUGAACUGUCAAAACUCUGAGCUUACUUAUGCUGAUACAAGAAUGACAGGGGUGUUGGUGGCCACAAUGGUUAAAGUGUUGACAUGGUGCUUAUCA